AUGCAAUGUUAUGGAAUUGACUUUACCAACACGACCUAUGUCUGUAACGGUAAUGGUAAUUGCACUGCUGCCAACAACUGCACCUGUAAAGAUGGAUUUUCAGGUACCAGAUGUCAAACAAUCAGACAAUGUAGUAACAUUGAUUUUAAUGAUCCAACAGUUUGUUCUGGCAAAGGAUCUUGUGUUUCGAAUAAUAAUUGUGAAUGUCUAACUGGUUAUACAGGUAGUCAAUGCCAAAAUGUCAUGAAAUGUUACACAAUCCCAUUUAAUGAUCCAAGCGUUUGUUCUGGAAAAGGUCAAUGCAUUGCUUCGAAUAAUUGUUCAUGUAUUCAAGGAUUUUCUGGGACUAAAUGUCAGAAUGAUGAUUCUAUAUUUACGUGUUUUGGUUUUAACUCGACUAACCCUUUGGUUUGUUCUGGAAAUGGAAAUUGUACAUCGAAUGGAAAUUGUACAUGUAAAGAGGGAUUUUCUGGGACUAAAUGUCAAAAUGAUGACAGCUACUUUACUUGUUAUGAUAUUGAUCCAUCAAAUACAACCUAUGUCUGUAAUGGAAAUGGAAAUUGCACAGCUCAAAAUAAUUGCACUUGUAAGGAAGGAUAUUCAGGAACCAGAUGUCAAAACGCCAUGCAAUGUUAUGGAAUUGACUUUACCAACACGACCUAUGUCUGUAACGGUAAUGGUAAUUGCACAGCUGCCAACAACUGCACCUGUAAAGAUGGAUUUUCAGGUACCAGAUGUCAAACUAACAAUAAUUUAAUUACAUGUGGUGGACUACUUCCAAUUGAUCCACAAGUUUGUUCUGGAAAUGGAAAUUGCACUGCCAAAAAUAAUUGUGAUUGCCUUUAUGGAUACGUUGGUAAUCAAUGUGCUGAUUUACUUCAAUGCUUUACAAUUAAUUACAGUGAAAGUUCUGUUUGUUCUGGAAAUGGAAUUUGCAUUGAAAAAAACAACUGCUCCUGCUUUGAUGGAUAUACAGGAAACAAAUGUCAGACAUCAAUUCUUCAUACAUGUUAUGGAUUAAAUGAAACUGAUCCACUGAUAUGCUCUGGAAAUGGACAAUGUGUUCAGAACAAUAAUUGCUCAUGUAUUUAUGGAUAUAGUGGAAAUCAAUGUCAAAAAGUGUUGAAAUGUCACACCAUUACAUUCAAUGAUCCAUUGGUAUGUUCUGGAAAUGGAAAUUGUUCGUUGGAUGGAAAUUGUACUUGUAAACAAGGUUUCAGUGGUAACAAGUGUCAAAAUGAUGAUUCAGUUUUCUCAUGUUACGGUUUUAAUUCGACAGAUCCAUUGGUUUGUUCUGGAAAUGGUAAUUGUACUGCUGACAAUCAGUGCAAUUGUACAGAUGGCUUUAGUGGAAAUAAGUGUCAGAAUAAUGAUAAUUUAUUCACAUGUAAUGGAAUUGAUUCGAAUAAUGCAACUGUUUGUAGUGGAAAUGGAAUUUGUAUUUCACAGAAUAAUUGUUCUUGUUUUUCUGGAUUUUCUGGAAACAGGUGCCAAAAGGAUGACAAUUUUUUCACUUGUUUUGGUAUUGACCUAUCAAAUUCCACAGUUUGUAAUGGAAAUGGUAUUUGCGUUUCACAAAACAAUUGCACCUGCUUUAGUGGCUAUUCAGGAAACAAAUGUCAAAAUAAUGACAUGAUUAUCAGAUGUUACGGAAUUGAGUCUACUGAUAGCUCAGUAUGUUCUGGUCGUGGUAAUUGCACCUUUGAUAAUACUUGUAAAUGCAAAGAUGGAUUCAGUGGAAGUCAAUGUCAAAAUGAUGAUAAUAUUCUCAAAUGUUAUGGAGUUGAGUUCAACAGUCCAUUUGUUUGCUCUGGAAAUGGAAAUUGUUCUUCAUUUGGUAAUUGCUCAUGUUUUGAGGGAUUUUCAGGGAAAAAAUGUGAAUUUGAUUUGAAUUCCAAUGAGACAGCAUCAUCUAAUUAUACAUGUUAUGGUAUUAAUGGUGGAUUAUCUACUGUUUGUUCAGGAAAUGGAAAUUGCAUUGCAGAUAAUGUUUGCGAAUGUUUCUAUGGAUUUGAUGGGUCUCAGUGUCAGAAAACACUUCAAUGUUAUGGAAUUGAUUACAAUAAUCCAAGCGUAUGUUCAGGCAAUGGUAUUUGUAAUUCAAGAAACUCUUGUUCAUGUUAUGAAAAUUACGUUGACACCAAAUGUCAAACGUACAGAGAUCCAAACGCCACCUCAUUCAAAUGUUAUGGUGUUCAAUCGAAUGAUUCAAGUGUUUGUUCUGGCAGAGGAAACUGCACAGCAGAUAAUUUCUGUGAAUGUCAAACAGGCUUUAAAGGUUCCAAAUGUCAAAAUUUGGUCAACUAUUGCUUUGGCAUUGAUGAAUAUUCCAACAAUGUUUGUUCAGGAAAUGGAAAAUGCACAAGUCAAGAUACAUGUGAAUGCUCUUCCAAUUAUUUUGGAAACGAUUGUGGUGUUUACAUUCUUCCAGAAACAAGUACAAUCAAGAUUCUUUCCAAAUAUUUGUAUUUGAUUGAUAGUGCAACAGAGAAUAAUGUGAUAACAGUUAGAUCACAAAGAUUGGUUAAUAAUUAUAAGGGAAUGGAAAGUAGAUUGAAAAGCGUGUUGAUUUUGUCAACUGAGCUAGUCAAUUAUGAAUUUUCCCAAAUUGGGCUUUUUGACAAGUUACAAUUGUUUUCAAAUAUGACUGUUGGUGAAUAUACAGCAAAUUUGACGAUUGUAGAUACUGGUUACAAUAUUGUUGUUGGACAAUCUAUUGUAAAGUCACUAUUUAAUGUUAUGACUCUCCAACAAUUGAGUCAACCUGAAAUUCUUUCAAAAUUAACACCUAAGGAAAUUAAUCAAAUUACAAGAGAAUUGAAAAGAAUAUCAAAUGACCAACAAGUUGUCUCCAAUAUAGUUUCGAAUUUCAAGGAUAAUGUCAAUAACUAUACUUUGGAUGAUGGUUUGGAUUUGACAUCUUCUUUAUUAGAUUUGUCAAUAACUAAAUUAGAAUCUAAAGAAAAGAUAACUAUUUCAGAAACAUUAACUUCUUUCACGCAGAAUUUAAUUGAAAGCUCGUCAAAUUUCACUUCAGAACAAGUGACACCUAUUGCCAUCAAUAUUGUGUCUGUGGCUUCAAAUAUUCUCGACAAUUCUGGCGAUAAUUCAGCUGGUAAAUCGCAAAUAAUUGGAAAGUCAAUCGAAUCUAUUGAAAAAACUAUUUCUUUAAUUUCAGUUGUAAACUCGACAGAAAAUUUAUUGAUUACAACUUCAAAGAUUAUGGUUUUGCUAAUUUCCAAGGCAGAAUAUAAGAAUUCACACGUGAUCGAUAAGGAUUAUUCUUUAUCUCUUCCAGAACUCGAUUUUGGAUUUUCGUUUGGUUUAGUCAAGUAUGAAAAUUAUUUGACAGAUGACUUACAGAAUACUACAGCUAUUUCAGAUAUUCUACAAGUGAGACCAUUAUCAAAUGGAGUAUUCACACCACUCCGUAAUCUUUUAACUCCAUUCAACUUGACCUUCUCUAUUAAGAAAUACGAAACCCCAAAUAAUGAAACAAUCGCAACUGUUGUUUGUAAAUAUUGGAAUGAAACAAGAAGUGAAUGGUUGAAGGACGGCUGUGUAACUACAAUAUUAUCAGAAACUCAAGUAAUGUGUUCUUGCUAUCACACAACCAAGUUUUCUUCAUUUGUAGAUUAUUCGAAUAUUGACUUUACAACAAGAACAGCUCAAUCUUCACUUGCAGUUGCUAAUAUUAUAUUUAGUUCUAUAUUCAUUGUAAUCAUUAUUGUAAUUCUCAUUCUAUUAGUGGUGUUUAGAAAAUCUCAACCUGUCAAAUCAAGACACGUGACUCCUUACCUUGCAUUGACAUCCUUACUCAUUGAAAACUUAGUUUCUGGAAUAAUUUCUAAAGGACUUUUACUUGACAAGUACAAUUUCAAUAUAACCAUCAUGACAAGCGUCUGUGCAGUCAUUUCUACUGCUUUAUUGACAAGCGCAGUUUGGUGUUAUUUCGUCAUGUCUGUUCGAUUCAUUAUUCAUAGAUAUUUCUAUGAAUACAUGAUGAGAAUAGUAGAAAAUAGACAGCAGAAGAAUAAUCUAUUAAUCAAGAUUUUGAAUAUUUUCAAGCAAGAUAAGGUUUUGAUCUUGUCAAGUGUCAUGCUUGCUGUUGGAUUUAUUUUAUAUUUUGCUAUUUUUGUAAUUUUGAGAGGAGUUUCUGUAUUUUCUGAUUCACAAUUUACCUAUUCAACUACUAUUUCAUUAUUUAUUUUUUUACUUUCAAUGACAGCAAUGAUUUUUGGCAUUUAUAUUUUAGAUUUUUAUUUGGAUUGCACUAACAAGCAAUUAAGAGAUGAAUUGGUUGAUAUUUCAGAUGAAAUAAUGUUAGUAGAAAGUGGAGACUCCCACCUAAGCAAUUUGAAUUCCAGAAAAUCACUCAAGAUUACAAAACCAUUUAUUGAGCUAUUGGAACAAUCUCAAGUGAAAAAGAUUGUGAGCUUGUUUUAUUCGAAUGACAAGCUCAUGUUUAGACCAGAGGCAGUUUUCUUCAUGACUGGUAUGCUCUUCUUUACAGUUUCGUACUGUUUAGGAUUUGCAAGCGUCAAUGAUCGUUACUUAAUCAACCCUUCAGCUGCCAUAACUCAACAUGUUGAUGUGUUAGAUGCCAUAUCAUUCCUCUUUGACAUUCUCAUGACUAUUUGUUUUAUCAUUAGUUUCGGUGGUUUCUCCGUUUGUUGGGCCAUUGUAAUUGAAUCCAGAAAGAAGAAUUGUUUCGUUGAAUCUAAACAAGUUGUUAUUAAGGAACGAAUUAAGUCUCAAAGAUUGGAAAAUCUUGCAGAUAUGACCGACAAGUUUGAUAUUUACAAACUCAUGAAAAACAAGUAUUUGCUUAGAUUAUUCCGUCAAUAUUCGAAACUGGAAAUGUCAUUAGAAAAUUAUGUAAUUUGGAUGAGAAUUGAACAUGCCAAGUCUAAAUUUGCUAAAUUAUGGAUAGAAAUGGAAGGAGAACCAGAAUCGAUUGAGGAAUGGAAUUUAUUGUUACAAGAAUUGGAGGAAUGGUUGACAGAGCAUAUUUCAUCAGAAGCUGAGCUAUCUCUCAAUGUCAGUGCUCGUUCAAAGAAGCAGUUUGUGACAGCAGUGAGAGUAUUGGAAACUAAGGUUGCAAGUAUUCCAUCAAAGAAUAGAGAUUCUUUAUUGAAUUUGAAACAAACUGUCAGAGAUGCUAUUGAAUCAUUGACCACUGAUGUUUUAUAUAAUUUGAUGGACACUUAUUCAAGAUUUAUCAUUACUAAUGAAUACAAAGCCAUGAAGGAAGUAGAAGCAGUUACAGAAAUGACAACUUUCAAAUAA